AUGCAGGCCACUGUCAACCCGUGCAGGAUCAAGCACUUCGUCCUGAAACAGCCAAGUCACGAAGUCUUUCCCAAGUGUCUUUUGUUUGACGACGAAUCAGAGUUAUUAAACGACGACAUGGGAAAAGCCAAGGUUGGAAUCAAUGGAUUUGGCCGAAUUGGUCGCUUGGUGCUUCGUGCUGCCGUCGAAAAGGACACCGUCGAAGUGGUCUCUGUAAAUGAUCCGUUCAUCAACAUUGACUACAUGGUGAGUUGA